UUCUUCCUUCUUGGGGGCGAUGGAUGCCAAGUGUAAAAAAUGUUUACACGUUUAUUGAGCAGGCUGCGGAUCAAGCAAGCCCAGGCUCCCCAGCGGCAUCCCGAUGAUCUGUGAAGAGAUAGUAAUGGAAAAGGCUUAAAUUAUGCCGGGUAUUGUCGUGUUUGGACGGCGCUGGUCCGUAGGAUCAGACGACCUAGUGGUCGCCGCUUUUCUUCUAUUAUUCCUUCACAUUGUGUGGAUCAUUGCCCUAGGUGUGAUUUUGGGUGUGUCCCAGUUUAAUGUGAUAGAACCAUGUGUGAGAGAGCUGAGGGAUGCUGUACUGGGCUACCUUGUUCUGCUGGGCAGUUGUCUGCUCAUAGAGACUAUAGUGGCCUGUGUCAGUCUCAGGGGCAACAUCCUGAUGACAGAUCCACGGGCCAGCAUGCAGUACCUUCUCUACAUACGCCUGGUGAUGUUGUUGGGAGAAAUUGGUUGGAUGACCCGCUGUAUAAUAUGGAUGGUACCAAACUACAUGGAGUGUGGGCCCGAGUCAGCCAGGAAAGCAAUAUUAGGUCUCAUUGUUUCCACCUGUCUCAUACUGUUUAUUGUCAUCCUGUCAAUAUGGUGCACUUUCGACUCGGCUGGUCGAAAGUGGGUGAAGAUGAAACGAUAUCAAGAGAGUCUCAAGGAUAAAAAGCGACCCGGCAAAAGAUCAGGAAGCACUCGUCGAAACUGGAGACAGAGGAAAGCGUUUCGGGCAUAUGAAGAGAGCUGGGACAGACGGUUGAACAUCUUGUGCUGCUGUAUUCAGAGGAAAGGCAGAAAUCGGAAUUCCAUAGCUGAUGUGGCACGCCUUUUCACUGAAUUUUUUCGAGAUUUGGAUGUGGUCCCUUCAGAUGUCAUUGCUGGACUGGCUUUACUACGUGGCCACCAGAAGCUCCGCAUGAAAUAUACUGUUGGACAGGGAUCCAACGAUGUGUAUGAGUACCUGUCAGGAGUGCCUGUCACGCCACGAUCCCAGUUCCUGUCGCUACGGCAACCAGAUGUCCUCGAAAUGUACAAGCUGGUGACGCACUACAUGAGUUUUGCGCUUGCAGCGUACGGUUGGCCGGCGUUUCUCAUGGCCAACACAGGCACUGGAUUAUGCCGUAUCAUACCUCAUCUUAGGUGCUGUUGUUGUCUAGCGCUGUGUGGCCGCAAGACUCCUAAACACAGCAUACUGGUGAAUGACAACUGCUGUCAUUGUAACUUUGCUGCUCUGAACAAGAUCAGUGGCCUCUCUGAGAAGGAUAUAGUCUACGUAACCUACCACGUAGAUGUUGGUGAAACUCCAUUCUUUGUAUCCCUGGAUCACCAGCACAAAAAUGUUGUUCUAAGUAUACGAGGGACUCUGUCAUUACAGGACAUCAUCACUGACCUGAAGGCAGAGCCUGAGCCCCUGCCCAUUGACCCUAUUAGAGAGGACUGGUACGGCCACCAGGGAAUGGUACAAGCUGCUGUCUAUAUUCAGAAGAAAUUGAAACAGGAAAACAUUUUACCAGAUGCUUUUGCCCGAGACCCUAGUAAAGGCACACCUGACUACGGUCUGGUGUUGGUGGGUCAUUCACUGGGAGCAGGCACCGCUUCAAUCCUCGCUAUUCUGCUGAAACAAGAAUAUCCCAAGAUACACUGUUACGCCUUUUCACCACCAGGGGGCCUGCUCAGUCCCAGCUGUGUUGAAGAAACCAAGCAUUUUAUUACAUCAGUUGUGGUUGGUAAAGAUGUUGUUCCAAGGAUAGGGUUACAUCAGAUGGAAUGUCUGAGAUCAGACCUGAUUAAUGUGAUCAAACAGAGCACUGAACCAAAGUGGAAGAUCAUCGCGUCCAAGCUGGUGUGUUGUAAAGGGGAUGAUGUGGGUCAGAACAUGGACCUGUACGAGAUGAAGAUAGAAAUGGAGAAGAUGGAGCGUGAUGUAACGGCUCAUCCGGUCGAUUCAGCCAUAGGGCUUUCCGCCCACAAACCCCUCUUCCCUCCUGGCAAAAUAAUACAUGUCGUUAGAAGCCACCCGAAGAGUGAUCGGAAGUUGUGUGGAGGAGAGGAACCUGUGUACCAGGCAAUCUGGGCGGAUAAUGCCGACUUUGGCGAAGUGCUUAUCUCCCCUACCAUGAUCAACGACCACAUGCCAGACAAUGUGCUGGAGGCUCUUCAGAAGGUGCUGAUCAACGUGGGUCCUGCUAAGCCCACACGUAUUCUGUCCGAGGCAGAGAGGAAGGCGUUACUGGAGCAGUCUAGUCCGGUAUCUUCUAUAGGCAGUGAAUCUCACCAAAAACUUUUCCUGGAGACCAGUUUUGCCAAUAGUAACCUUGAUAAGGACUCCCUUAACAACACAACUCUCGGUCUAGAUUCCCCGGGGUAUCAAGAACAGGUAUCACCCAAUAACUGUGUCACCUGGAAUGACCUGAUUGUGCAGAACGAGAACUACAACAACACGUGUGAGAUACCAUUGGGCGCGCACCCACUAGAUCCCAGUUGUAUCAGAGCAGGACCGAAUUUCAGUCUAGAUUUAGGCACGGGCUGGUCAAAUCCUCUCCAGAAUACAGAAGUAGAAAGAGAACCCGCCCCGUUGGCUAGUCCUGAAGCCUUGUCUGAAACGUCCAGUCUUGCGUCCUUUGUCAGUCGAUCGUGUAGCCUGAGAGAUAGCCAGUACAGACUCGCAAGCGAGUUUCCACGUCUGGACCGCAUAGCACAGUCUCCACAAGACACAAAUAAACCCAUUACCAGCCACGCCCCUCCAAAGAGGCAACUGAAAAGCAGCCUGACAGAGAGAAGUAGAGGGGUGCGGUUCAGUGCGGAGAGACAACAUGAUGCAUCGUUGGAAAACAUCCAUGAAAAAAGGGAAGUAAAAAUUGCUCCCGUCAGCGAGAACAUACCAAACCGUCGUGGCUGGCAAGAAGUCAGUCCUCCAAAAGUGACGCCAUUCCUGGAGACUAGUUUAUCCCAGGAUGAUAUUUGUGAAACAACUAAGGUGACCACAACGGAAGUUGAACCAGAACAGGAUAAAUGCAAACUGACAUUAACAGUGGAUGAAAAAGCGUCUCACGGAGACAGUGAUGUGUCACCGGACUCGGGCCGUGCAUCGUCAUUAGGGUAUUAUCAGCGACAUUCCCCUGUAGAGUGCAGCCAGCAUGAAUAUGCCCAGUACAUUGGUUACUACUCACCUGCGGGAAGGGGCUACCCACACGGGGCCUACCACCCACCUGAUAGACAUAGCUUGAGCCCUUGUGAGGGACAGCCACACCCAGGACAAACUUUAGAUUCUGGGGUAGAUGGGUGCCCAACUUCCCCCAACCGUAGGGCGCGAAUUUGCGCCACACAUUGUACUCCAGUGCCGUCAAAUCAAACAAGUUCCCCAGAAGAAGACUAUGAUAAACGACUGUCAGCUCACUCUGAUGAAGUGUUUGAGUUUCCUUUACCGCUACAACAAACGGAUGUUUAACACAAAAAAAGUGAUAAUGUGUCACAAGAUCGUCCCGACAUUGACCUGUCCUUAGGUCCUGCAAAGUUAAUAAGAUGCUGAAACUCAGCUCUUAAACUCAUGUCAGAGAUGUGUCAGUCUAAGUCACAAGAGAGUUGAACAGGGCGCAGUUUCACGAAACUUCCUAAUUUUUUUUGUGUUUUUGUUGUUUUUUUUUAAAUCCCAAGCGAAGGGUUCUCCUUCACUGAGCCUUAAGUUCUAUGUGGGGUUGACUUCAGUUUUUUGGGAAAACACUCUGUUUGACUGGAGAAAAAAAUAGAAAAAUACAGAAUUAAAAACAAUUGACUGAUUUAUGGACACUUCAUGAAGCUGAUCCCUGCAGCUCUCAUUUGCUAAAUGUAACUUUUAUCAUUUGGUGUACCAUUUCACCAUGUAAAUGUGUACUCUUGUCGCUGGUGUACAUACAUGUAUAUUUAUCACUUUAUCGUGUUGUGUUUUUGGUGUGUACAUGUACUACAUGUAACUGGUUUUGUAUGCAAAAUUUGUAAAUGUCUGCUCUUGUAAGUAGGUAUAGGGUUUGUUUGGAGUCCUGUUUACAUUACAAGUACUUAAACUAACAGCAAUAAGUGGUGUUCUGUUGUAGCUCUUUGAGUUUUACAGAUAGAUUCAGAUAUUUGACCUAAAGUUUCGCCCAUGACUAAGUCACUCAUUUGGCCUGAGAGUUCUGUUAAUCUUUAAAAACUGCUUUGAGAUAUGUUUAGAAGGUAAAAUGGUAUCCUACUACCAGAAUAAUAUAAGUUUGAGGACCGAUGGUCUGCCCCAUAAAAAAUGUCAUUUUUGGGCAAGUUUUUUAUAGGAGAAAUACAUUAUGUUAGAAUAUGUCGGAAGAAUGAUUGGGGUUAUUUCCAGCUGUACUAACUAGGGUGAGGUAAACUACUGAUAUUAUGCGCAUUGAAACGCAGGAGUACAUCACUGUUGAGCUUGUCUUAAAAAGAUGAAGACAUGACUAGAAAUGCUGACUACUAGCGCAUUGAGCAUGUUUUAAGAAGGCAGGGCUAUAAUAAGUUUGUUAUUUACAUAUAAUGCCAAAGGAUUUUACGUGGGAACCCUCUGAAUUGGGUUCCUUUUUUUCCAUUGAGCUUUAUGGAGGGGUGUGUAUAAAAUUCAGAUCAUUUGUUUUGAACGUCGUGAGUGCUUAUUUCUAGGGCAGCGUUACAAGUGUUUCUCAGUUCUUAGUUGUUGUAAUUGCUGUUAUAUGUGAUAGUUAACUAUUCCAGUGAACUGUGGUAUUGAUAGAGGAAAAAUAGAUUUAUUAUUAUUAUUUUAAAAUGAUAUGAGGAGCCCAGAGUAUAGUUGUAUAUUUGUAAUGUUGUGAAAGUUUUUCAGCCGCCCCCCUAGCGUUGAUGUUCUUUGUAAGUUUUGUUAAUACUGUACUUGAAUGAAAUUCUGCUGAAGUGGAAAAAAUCUAACAACGUUUUUACUGACCACAAAAUAUCUGGAUAGAAAUCUGUCAUAUUGAAUUUCAUUAUUAUUUUGAUAUCUCAGUAUAACUUAAAGCCAAUGUUUGUAGAGAAUCUAAUAAAUAGACGUUUUGGGUCAAUUGUUCAAAAGUGUGUCAGUCUCAUCCUAACACAAAGUACCUGUAAAUGACACUUAAGUCUGGACUGAAGUUAAUACAGGGAUUAAGUCUUAAAUUAAAUACACUUUUGAACAAAUGAGCUCAGCAUUUUAAUAUAAAUACAUGCAUUUACAACAUCCAUUUAUCAGUAUAUUUUCCAUUAUUGAUACCAUAUGUCUUAAGGCAUUUGUAC